AUGGAGUUCAUUCAAUGCUCCAUGAUCCUUCUCGCUGUCAUCAGCCUUCUCUCCGGUCACCAGCUCAAAGCCCAGCCAGCCAACAUUUCACCAACCCCAGCCAGGGCCUUGGAUUCCGUCCUCCAAGACUGCGCCUACCGAGCUUUCGACCAACCCCACACCGGCGUCCCCUACGUCGGCAUUGCGCCGUCGAACGUCUCCGGCGUUAAGAUUGCUGUUUUGAGGCUCAGGAAUGGAAACUUUAGGAAUAGAGGAUUCAAGAGAUACAAGGAGUUUGAGAUCCCAAAUGGAGUCAUUGUCCAGCCUUACGUUCGAAGGCUUGCUUUGGUUUAUCACAACUUGGGCAACCGGUCUUCAAUCUAUUGUUCUCUUCCACCAGGCUACAGCUAUCUCACUUUUGUGAUUGGAUUUUUGGCUUACAAUGCCGAGAACAUUUCGGCCAGCAAUCUGCCGGAGCUCGAUCUCGUGGCAUCGAAGUCGGCCAUUUCCAUCAGAUUCAGUACUGCGAAGGCGGUGCCAAAUGGAAGGACGGCUAGGUGUGUCUGGUUUAAUUUAGAUGGCUCGUUGGAGUUUAGAUACUUGGUGGGGAGCAAUCUUUGCUCGACUUACAGGCAGGGGCAUUUCUCUAUUGUUGUUAAUUCUUGUAGAGUUGCUCCUUCUCCGGUGCCGAGCCGACGGUUGAGCUUCGAGGGAGAAGAGUGA